AUGGCUCAAGUUAUUGGACUCCUUUUGGGCGCCAUUACCAUGAUUCCUAUGCUCGAAUCGUUCAUCCCCGACAAAACCGCCCAAACAACCACCGUUCGUAUCGGUGCUGGAACAUCUACAGACAGUAAAGCUAGUACAUCUGGCAACACCCCCGGGGUCCGAUUAUUUGACGUGGUAGGCCGAUCUAUCGCACAAAAACCUGGAAGCAGCAAUAGAAUCGUCGAUGGGAGUUUCUCAGAUAUCAAGCUUGUGGCACCUGAUAGUGUUGGUGGGCGUCAAGGACAAUACUUAUCGGUUGUGUCGGGUGGUAAUGAUGCGUUGUGUAUUUCAUACAUUGCCGUCACUUGGCCAGAUGGAGGUCAGCAGACAUGGACGGGAGACAUUGGAGUUCAAUGUGGCGGAGAUUGGUAUGAAUCGCAGACGAUCAUGGAUCCAUCGACCAACUACAUGCCAAAGUGUAUGUGGAUUGACAGCGAUGGCAGUAAUGGUAUCAAGACGAAAGGAAUGGGUAUACAUAUUACUGACUUUACGCCUUCCGACGAUCGCGCAGCUCAAUAUCAGAAAGAUCCGCCGAGUAUGUGUGGCAGCCAACCGCGAUUUUGGUUGUAUGAUAAUAUUGAUAUGAAGACGUGCAUGCCAUACUUCGACCCUCCACUUCAAUACACAACUGGUCUUACAGACAUGGACAGAUCAAAGGUAGUCGGUGUUCAAGGCAGCAAAACAUGCACGAACAAAAAAGUGCGUCGAGGUGGUACUCAGGCUGUUUCCGCAAGACGACUAGAACUUCCCAGUAUCAAUAACACUACAAGUGUCAACAACAUCGGCAAUAAAUUAAGUUCAUUUCUGGGGAAAUUGAUCACCAGCAACAGCACAUCGCAUAGUGCGAUUCGACUCUGUGAUUCCGAAACAUCUCUGGGACCAGACUUUGUCGCGCAUCACGAGAACACGUACUGCGAUAUGAUGAACAAGCAGAGCUAUCCUCUCUGCGGUCGCGACAACUCUACCAUUUCGACGGACUGUUUUGAUAUUAUGAGCAAGACGUUGGUGCCGUCUGAAGGCUUAAAAAGAAGAGAUACUCCCUUACCCACAAAGAAGUAUCAUACCGUUACUCAUUGGUAG